AUGGAUCCUCUCAGCGUUCUUCGUGCAAGCUAUUACAUCGUCCUUUUCGGUAUCGAGUUGGAGCAGGUGCCAUACGAAGUCAAGAUCAGUCUCGAACUUGUCCGCACCUGCCAUGCAGAUCUGCAGUAUCUUAUCGAGAUACGCAACGAAUUGCUCAACCUUCUCACAAGACGACCUAAGGUCCUGGAACGCGUCAACAACAUCAUCGAAGCGGCUCAUAAGGGACUGGCUGAGGUCUGCGAAAUUGUAGAAAAAUGUCGUCCUCAGGCCAAUAACGGGAGGACUCCAUUUCGAAGCAGAAUAUCAUGGAUUCUCUUGGACUCGGCACGAUUCAGAGAACAGAAGGCUAUCGUCAGUCAUCACCAUGCUUCCGUCCUGGCGGAGCUCAACUUUCUGCGACAAAUCGCUCUGCUUGCCCCUGCAACCGAGGACAAUAUGGACAGCAAAGGUCGUGCCAAAAAGCCAAUGCAAGCAUUCGAUAACAUUGCUCUGUUGGGAGAUCUCAUGGGCGCAGUAACCAUUUCAGGUAAUAUGAGUUAUGGGUUUCUCUUUCGGAUCUGCUUCGGCGCUUGGCGAGCAUCAAGCUAA